GGCGAGUCCGCGCAACGGUGUCCGGCGCUCUCCCGCUGUGCAGUCCACCCAAGUUAAAGCUUAUUUUUUUUUUGCUUGCGUGGCCUGCCAAACUGCUUCCUGUCCGCUUCUGCUCCUACAACGCCCCAUCGACCAUGCUUGGCGUUUCCCCAGUCAAUGCUGUCAUCCAUGAUGCCUUCCCUUCCAAAGCCGUUCUCAGGUAGCCCCGUUUGGCUGAGGAUGAGGUCAGAGUAUACCCACUUCUGCCUUAUAAUCCCAAUGAAAUAGGCCAAGCAUCUGAUCUCCCGGCCAAACCCUCCGUCACGCCACGGCAAUUGAAACCUCACAUGAAUCUCACCCACCACCCGAGUAGGCUGUGCCCACCUUUACGUUCGCUCUCGCAAUACCCACAAGCCCGAGGAGGCCGAUUUCUUCAUCCUCACGAUGACUAUUUUAGAGCAUUCCUAUUCGCACUCGCAUCUCGCAUUCUCACACAGGUAGGUAUAUGCCCCUUCAGCUAAACCUCGGGCAAACCAAUGGACCUAGCAUGUGCAGUGAAUGGGUGUAUUCUUAGGCCUCGGACCGACCUUUAUUAAUAAACCUGAAGAAAAAAAACCUCGAGGGAUAAUUACUAAAAUUAUUUUAAGGGUUAUAUCUUAUUUCCUAAACUGCCGUGUUAGGUGCCUUAUCGAUAAUUCUAUUUAGGAUGCAGGGGAUCACGUUCCAUUCUUCUGUCAGCCCAGACUACUUCUCACCCGUCAAACCCGGUUCCGUCAAGCCGAACCUGGGCAGGCCACCCCAUCUCUCCCUCAAUCUCUACUCCCCGAUUUUGGACAAUCGACCACCCAUCGUCAAUGAGGGGGUCAAAUUAAUUGGCGUAAACGAGGAAAUCAUCGACUUUACUGGUGUGCAUAGGCUGGAGACUCGUAUAGUGCGUUUAUGCCUCCUGAGUGUCCUCGACACAAGUUAGCAAUUCGGCUUCACUCCAUUCAGGCGCUAGCUGCGUGUCCCAUAUCAGAGUAUAUCGAAACAUCCGGUUCCCUGCUCGAUGCCGCGUGGCAUUCCAUCCGGCUAUUCCAGCGUGUUUGGAGGGCCACCUCGGAGAGAUGCCACUACCUAAAUCUAGCCAUGUACGUGUAUCCCAUUUCCACUCUAGUUGACUUCUUUGAGCUCUCGAGGUAUGUCUUGCACAACGAACUAGUGGUCGACGAAGACCUGGGGCUACUGCAGUCCUUCGCUAGCAAGGUCCAUACAUUUGGGGAGUGGGCCGAGGGGGACUCAAACGCAUCAUGAUGUGAUUGAUCAACGCCCGUCGGGAAAGGGAUUUUUCGAGACAACUCGAACCAUUUCUUCGUCCAGAAGUAGCUGGACGGAACUAUGUACACGUAUUGGAGCGAUAAUCUGGCAUUUUAGUUCCUGCAGCCCAAACAUAUUGGGGGGAUUCCGUAGCCUCUUCUUUAGCGCGCAGCAAUUCGAUACCUAUAUCUAAGACUGUCCAGCCGAGACCUUCAAUCACGAACGUGGAGUCUGUCCUAAUCCUAGCCGCCUACGU